GUCAAAUUGACAAUCUGUGUGAUGUGAUAUGAAUUGAAUGGAAGAUUUCAAUAAAAAUAAAUAAAAAUAAAAAUCUUUAAAGGACCAUGGGAAACGCAGGAAGCAAUCAACCGAAAGAGUGGCAAAGAGAUAAUGCAGCCAAAACACCAGAUGUUGGGCCAUCUUCACCAGCAAAAGAAGGAGAGGCAUUUACUUUCGACAAAAAGAUUGAAGAUGACCGUGGUGGUCGAGAUGACGACAAUAAUAUAGAAGAUGGUGCUCCAUAUUACACAAAAGCAGUUCCUGAAAGUGAUGUAGAGUAUAGUGCGCCACGUGAAAGAUCAAAUACGUUAACGCAAGACAAUGCAAAAGUAGUAGAUGACAAAGUUUUGCCUACAGUAUUUAAAUGGGAAGGAGGAGGUAAACAGGUGUACAUCAGUGGGACGUUUACUGACUGGAAAACUAUUCCCAUGGUCAAAUCUCAUGGUGAUUUUGUAACUAUUAUUGAUCUACCGGAAGGAGAGCAUCAGUACAAAUAUUUUGUAGAUGGAGAGUGGCGUCAUGAUCCUACUGUGAAAGUAAUAGAUAAUGGAAUGGGCUCAAAAAAUAAUUUGGUAUCAGUGAAGAUGUCAGACUUUGAAGUAUUUCAAGCCUUAGCAAAGGAUAGCGAAGGAGUUCAUAGCGGUGCACAAACAGAGUACUCACAGGAAAUACCUCAAUCAAAGCCUUGGGAGAAAGUCUCCGGGCCACCCAUAUUACCUCCACAUUUGUUACAAGUUAUUCUGAACAAGGACACCCCAUUAUCUUGUGAACCUACAUUAUUACCAGAGCCAAACCAUGUGAUGUUGAACCACCUAUAUGCCCUGUCAAUCAAAGAUGGUGUGAUGGUGCUGUCUGCUACACAUAGGUACAGGAAGAAGUAUGUCACCACACUUCUAUACAAACCAAUAUAAAUCUAAGCAUCUAAAACAAAACCCCUUCAUGAUAUUUCUUUCUUGUUAAUAUGUUUGGCAGUGUAAAUAGUGUUUAGGUCCAAUAAUUUUAUGUUAUAAUUAAAUUUUGAGGGGUGAUGUUGAUGUCUACUAAUUGGUUUGCUGUUGAUGGGCAAAAAUGGGUGGUUCUCUUUAUAUCUUCAGCUGUUAUAAUUUUUUGCUAUAGUAAAAUUAUGCAAUGCAAGCAAUGGUUAUGAAUAGUGUGAUAUGAAAAAUAUUAUUUUUAAAUAAUUAUGUAUUUAAUUUAUGUAAAUAAAAUGCUUCCAGUUUAAA